CCUUCCAGCUUUCUCUCGACUCUUUCUCCACCCAUGGCAGCAAAGGCAGUAGCGCUUUCUCCUCUCCCUCGCAUUUCUUCACGAAUCCCGACAAAAUCCACGUCUCCGAUCAUCAUCUUAACCGUCCAUUCCAACGCUUCUCAUUUCCCUUCUCCCCUCCGAUCUUCUAGAAGAAUCUCUAACUACACUCAGGAAGGCAACCUGAUCGCCGGGCCCCGCGACUGGGGCGCCAGCGGUUUCGACGUCGACGAUGACGAUGACGAUUCCGAUGAAGACGACGACGAUGAUCGGAGCUUGGAUCUUCUCGUCCGCUUCUUCCAGAACAUGUUCCGGAAGAUAUCUAGGCGGGCCCGCAAGGCUGUACGAUCAGUCCUCCCAGUCUUGAUCUCGCCGAGCCUGGUGCGGUUUUCAGUUAAUGGGGUCCUAACAUUGGCAUGUCUAUGGGUUGUGAAGGCAUUCCUUGAGGUGGUAUGCACACUCGGGACUGUAGUGUAUGUCAGUAUCCUACUCAUUCGUGUGAUUUGGUCCGGCAUAUCCUACGUCCAACAUAACCGUAAUACUAUGGCAAACAAGAUCAAUGAUGAGAACAGUGCAUGGACUGGUGCACAGCCUGCAACUUGAUUCGGUCCCAUCCACCCUUGCAUCUAUGAAGGUGUAAUAGCUCAGUAGGAUGUGGGGGGGAAUUCCCUCCUAUCCUUUAGCAGCAGAAGAGAAAGACAAUAAGAUAUUGACAGCAUCAGCCCCUGCAAGGAUUUGAUGAUGUAGGAAUAUAAAUGGUGGUAAAAUUCCAAAGAGCUACUAUGAUGAUCAUAUCAGGUCUAAACUACAAGAAAGGACAGCAGCCAAGUCAUAAAGGUAUGAUUUUGCACUCGUGAUGAGAUGUACGGAAUAUUGUUAUGGUACCUAACAUUUUCUUUUCUUUUCUUUUCCAUUUGUUGUAUACAUAAUUGCUUAGUUUCCUCUUUUAACACGAGUCUUCCUGUUGUUGUAUACAAAAAUUGAGUAGUUUAAUCUUUUCUCGUGGUUUGGUUUA